CAGCGCCCCAGAGGAAGUAGUGGUGUCGUCGCAUGGUGGUGACGCGGCAGGUGUUUAUAAUCAGGUUUUAUCGGUAAAAGAGAGGUUCUGAAUGGUUCUGAAUGAUCCGGUAACGGAGCUCCUGCAGAGUUAGCUGACGUCACUGCAGGAGCGUGACAUGAACAUGGGAUCUAAAGGGAAGAAGAAGAAAAUGGUCCUACCAGCUCGACCUGAGCCACCAUCCGUGGAGCAGAUAAUCGAGGACAUAAACCGAGCCGAACCCUGCGAUCCGGUCUUCAGGUUUCUACAGAUCCCUAAUGAAGGAUCGAUCAGCAGCGAUGUGGAGGUCCGUUACACGCAGAGCCGACGCUACCUGGACCUGAACGAGAAGCUGCAGGAGGCUCUUGCAGACCUGACGUGCAGGAGAGACGAGCUCAGGGUGGUGGGAGAGACUUUAGAGGGAAGUGUUGCAGCAGUGAAGAGCAGAGCACUCUGAGUGAUCUCCAUCUCCUCCUGAGAACUUCUUACUCCUCAUAUUAAUGUACCGCAUGAAAUCUCUCACAUGGAGACUGAAUGGACUUUCUGUGUUUCCUGAAUAAACACAAUGACGUCAUGCGUCAUUUAAAGAC